UCAAAUUAUCCGUUUGUGCCUCACAUUGCUCAUGUGUGAAAUGCUGCUGCCAUUAACACCAACUGUAUGAGUUUGGACCAGAAGAUGAGCUGUCCUGCCUGCUGUGGGUCAGAUGUGCACGCCAGCCCUAGCGGAACCUUUCAGGGUCACGCUCCCGUUUCCAGCCCGGCGCGCAAAGCAAGCCUGCGCAGGGGUUUGGAGCUACUUCCGGCAGCAACGCCACACCCCCCGGGGCUGCCCCAUUUUGGCCGCAAGUGGAGGAGACGCCACCUUAACCCGCAGAGUUAACUGAGCAAAGUAAAAACUCCCUCGAGGGCGGAACCAGCUCACUUCGUCACCCUUUCUUCCGCCCACAGAAGCCGGGCGCUCAUGGCAGGCUUGGAGGUACUCUUUGCUUCCGCGGUGCCGCAGAUCACCUGCGCGCAGGACGCGCUCGUCUGCUUCCUGCACUGGGAGGUGGUGACGCACGGAUACUAUGGCUUGGGCGCAGGCGACCAGCCAGGUCCUAGUGAUAAGAAGUCAGAACUGCUACCAGCUGAGUGGAGCAAUAAUAAAGACCUGUAUGUCCUCCGUUAUGAGUCCAAGGAUGGGACCAGAAAGCUCCUAGUGAAAGCUGUCCCUGUGGAGAACAGCAUGAUCAUCAAUGUGCUGGAAUAUGGCUCACAGCAAGUGACAGACUUGACUCUGAACUUAGAUGAUUUUAUCAAUGCAGAAGACCUGGGUGACUUCCACAGGACCUAUAAGAACAGUGAGGAGCUUCGGUCUCGCAUCAUAUCUGGAAUCAUCACACCUAUCCAUGAGCAGUGGAACAAGGCCAGUGAAAGCAGUCCCCAUCGGGAAUUCCCUCCUGCCACCGCCAGAGAGGUAGACCCUCUCCGGAUUCCUCCACACCACCCACACAACAGCCGGCAGCCUCCCUGGUCUGAUCCCCUGGGCCCCUUUGCUGUCGGGGGAGAAGACCUAGACCCCUUUGGGUUCCGGAGAGGUGGCAUGAUUGUGGACCCCCUGAGAUCUGGCUUCCCAAGAGCACUUAUUGAUCCAUCCUCAGGUCUCCCAAACCGGCUUCCUCCAGGUGCAGUUCCUCCAGGAGCUCGAUUUGACCCCUUUGGACCCAUUGGGACCAGCCCCUCUGGACCCAACCCAGACCAUCUCCCUCCGCCGGGCUUUGAUGACAUGUACCUGUGAAGGUUUCAAGAAUGUAACAUCCCAGUCUUCCCUCUACUCCUGUAGCUGCCACCACUGGCCCCACCAGCAGCCAUGUUUUUGUAGGCUGGGGGUGACUCUGCCCAUGUGUUUGCAGGCCAGCUGGGAUUGCCUCCUCACCCAUUCUCCAAGGCAAGGCACCUGCUGCAGUCUUCCACCUGGCUCUCAUAAGUCACAAAGAGAAGUCAGUGUGUGUCUCACCACCAGCUCCUCCCUGGUUCUUAUGGGAGACUCCAGCAACGCACACUCUCCACCCAGUACAGCCCCAGUUGCAGCGCUAUAAGAACAGAACGCAUUUUGGAUGUUAUUAUUAAGAACCAAAUGUCAAUACAAAAUUCACGUUGCCAGUU